GGAGAACCGGGAGGAGAGGCUGGGGGUGCCGGGGCAGCACGGGGGCACGGCGGCAGCUCCUGCAGGGGGAUGGGAAAGGAUCAAGCCGCGGAGGAGGCCCGCGGCUCACCCAGCCGCCACCGGGGCAGAACCGGGCCCGGUUGGACGGGGGAGCGCCCGGUUGGGCUGGGCGGAACGAAAAUGCGGGGGCUCGGGGCGCGCACGGAAUCCCCCCCCAGUGCAGGCACUUCCGGUGUGGCAGCCAAUCAGCGCUCGGAGGCGCACGUGACCGCCGCGCCGAGAGCCGCCAAGAUGGCGCUGCCCGGGGCCGCGGCCCGGGGGCGGCUCUGGCGCCUCGGCCCCGCCGCCCUGAGCCCCCCGCGGGGCCCCAUGCAGCCGCAGCUCGCUCUGGCCGCGUCCAGCUCCCCGCUGUGUUCUCAGGUCCGCUCCCUCUCCUCCCGCGCCUCCUCCCGAGCGCUCGCGGCCGCCGUGGCCGCCGCUGCCCGGCGCGUGAGCGCCCGGUACGAGCGGUACCUGGAGCGGAGCUGGCCCCGCUUCUACCUCCUGCACAGCACCUUCAAAAGCGGGGUGCAGGCGCUGCUCCUGGAGGCGCAGGAGAUCCGGAGGAUCCGGGCCAGGAUGGCCCAGCUGAGGCUGAGCCCGCAGCAGCUGCCGUACCGGGACAUGGAGCGCCUGCGCCAGUUCCGCAGGGACGUGCUCAAGGCCAUUCCCAUCGGGAUCAUCUCCAUCCCCCCCUUCGCCAACUUCCUGGUGCUUGUCCUGAUGUAUUUCUUCCCUCGGCAGCUGCUGAUCAGGCACUUCUGGACGCCCAGGCAGCAGCUGGAGUUCCUGGAUGCCUACGACUGCCGCCGCAGGGCCUCGUACCCGGCCGUGCUGCGGGCGCUGGCGCGGGCAGCGCGCUCCCUGCCCGAGGCCCAGCCCCAGCAGCUCCUCCUGCAGCUCUGUGCCCAGGUGCAGGGAGGAGCCCAGCCCCGCCUGGCCCAGCUCCUGGCUGUGAGGAGUUUGUUCUCGGGGUCCCUGCUGGUGCUCAACAGGCUCCAGGUGGAUCAUGUGAGAGCCCUGAGCCGGGUGCUGUUCCUGACCCCUCACCUGCCCGCCUUCCUCCUGCGGCGCCGCCUGCGCAGCCACGUCCUGGAGAUCCAGCACCUGGACCACGCCCUGCUGCACCUGGGCCUGGGGCAGCUCUCUGAGGAGGAGCUCCGAGCGGCCUGUUACCUGCGUGGCCUGAACUCCACUCACCUGGGCCAGGCCGAGUGCCAGGCGUGGCUGGAGCAGUGGCUCAGGCUCUCCUGUGAGCUCCAAGCCUCGGAGGCCUCUCUGCUGGCCCACAGCAUGGUGCUGCUGGCGCUGAACCCCGGGCAGCCCCCCGAGUGAGCGGUGCCAGCCGUGCCCCCUGCCAGCCUGCCGUGCCAGGCCGUGCCCUCUGCAGCCUCCGGGGCCCGGCGGCUGCGCUGCUCCACUAAUUAACUGCGCCUCGUUAAUUGGGGAGAGCGAGCGACUCCCUGAGCUGGGGGUGCGCCGGCGGGAUCUGCUGGAGGUGCUGUGGGAUCUUCAGGAUAUUCCUGUAGGAUCUUCUGUGGGAUCUGCUCAAGGUUCCUGUGAGAUCUUCAGGAUGUUCCUGUGAGAUCUUCUGUGGGAUCUGCUCGAGGUUCCUGUGGGAUCUGCUCAGUGGAUCUGCUCAGUGUUCCCGUGGGAUCUGCUGGAGGUUCCUGUGAGAUCUGCUGGAUGUUCUCAUGAGAUUUUUCGGAUGUUCCCAUGGGAUCUUCUGGAUGCUUCCCCUGGGAUUUGGUCCAUGUUCCCAUGGGGUCUUCUGGGUGUUCCUGUGGG